UACAGAACCUCAUCCUCCCGUGUCUCCCGCGGUGUUCGGGGCUGUCCCCGUGUCAGCCCUGCGCCGUUCCCUCGCUCGCAGCUUUAUGUGCCACCUCCGGCUUGGCCAAGCCGCCCCUUCCCGUCUUCCACGUCCCCCACUGUGGGAUGGGGUCAGCUGUCCGGCCGCGGUGUGAACGUGGGGCGAAUUGGGCACGGGAUGCGUUUAACAGCCGCCUGUGUCAAUGAGGCGAGUCGGGACACGGGGCGAGAAAGCGCAGCCGUAACCUGUGAUCGGCUGCAGGACUUUGCUCGCUCGGGACAGCCACGUGGCUGGGUACAGGGCAGCGCGGAGCCGGGGCGGCGGCGGGGAUACGCUGCGAUCCGCGGUGUGUGCGGGGUUCCGUAGGUGCGGAGGGGAGCAGGAGCCUUUUUUCUGGCAGGCUCGGCUGCGGUGCCAUGGGAGGGGAACAGUCGCUGGCACUGCCCCCGGAGAAGGGACCUCACCGCGUGGGUUGCGCGGACGUCAUGGUGGGCCAUACGCAGCAGGGGCUCUUCUUCCGCCUCUUCUACCCCUGCGUACCCCGGGAUGGAGCCGAACGGCCGCUCUGGAUCCCUCGCUACGAGUACUGCAGCGGACUGGCUGAUGUCAGUGGCCACAGCCGGCGGUGGUGCGCUCCGCUGCUCAGCAUCGCCGUCGGCUCCUGCAGAGUGCCGCUGAGCUGGAAGGCACCUUUCAAACCCUGCAGCAGUGGGUACCCGUUGAUCAUCUUCUCACAUGGCUUGGGAGCCUUUCGCACUGUGUACUCAUCCAUCUGCAUGCAGAUGGCAUCCUGGGGCUUUGUGGUGGCUGCGCUGGAGCACAGGGACAGUUCUGCUGCCAUGACCUAUUUCUGCACGGCAGAGGCUGUCCGGGAGCAGUGGAUCCCCCACCAGCAGGUGCCACAGGGACAGAAGGAGUUUUAUUUUCGGAACAAUCAGGUUCAUCACAGAGCAAAUGAGUGUGCACGAGCACUUCAGCUCUUCCGGGCCGUCAGCAGUGGUAAAUCCAUCCCCAACAUCCUUCCUCAGGGCUUCGACCUCUCUGUGUUGAAGGACAGCAUUGACUUGGCUAAAGCAGCCGUCAUGGGCCAUUCAUUUGGUGGGGUGACAGCUGUGCUGGCCUUGGUGAAGGAAUCUGGGUUCAGGUGUGCGGUGGCCCUGGAUGCAUGGAUGUUUCCCCUGGAGAAUGUGCUGUACCCUGAGGUGCCCAAGCCUGUGCUCUUCAUCAACGCCGAGAAGUUCCAGACCCCCGAAAGCGUGGCCAAAAUGAAGAGGCUGAGCUCCAGGAACAGCCAGACAAAGAUCAUAACCAUCCUGGGAUCUGUGCACCAAAGCCAGACUGAUUUUGCCUUCCUCACCGGGAAGCUCAUCCCCCGUGUCUUCAAUGCGAGGGGCACCCUCGACCCCCACAAGUGCCUGGACAUCAUCACCCAGGCGGCUCUGGCCUUCCUGCAGAGGCACCUUGAUGUGAGAGAGGAGUUUGCUCGAUGGGACCACCUCCUCGAAGGCAUUGGGGACUCUGUCAUUCCAGAAGCACCUUUCCGCCUCUCCAACCUGUAGCUUGCUGUUGGGAUCCAGCUGCUGAGAAUUCAGCUGCUCCUUGUUUAAAAUGUUUGGGGUCUGCCUCCAAAGGGGAGGAGGACGCUUGGGAGAGUGAGGCCUGCAAACUGUGCUUGCAAG